AUGUCCUCGCACUAUAAGAUCUACUCUUUGAUAAGCUGCCUGUUACUCAUGUCAAGCAUGUUUCCAGUGGUCCAGUCACGUCGAGGUGGGGGAUUUGGGCGUGGUGGGGGUGGCGGAGCUGCCAGACGUGGCGCAUGGGGUGGUGAAAGCGCCGGCCGUGUAGGCUGGGGAGCAGGAGGUGGCCAUCCCCAUCAAGUCCCACCUGUCCAUACUGGUGGCUCAUCUGGACACGGUACAGGAAGAGUAGUGGGGGCAGCUGCAGCUGGAGCAUUGGGGGGCAUGCUGAUCGGACAUGGCCUCAGCUCCAUGGGCCAGCCUGGUUACGGGCACGGAGGCUAUGGAGGGUAUGGACAUGGAUAUGGAUAUGGGCACGGCCACCCUAGACAUGGAGCGCAUGGUGGUGGGCAUUCGGAAAAUUACAAUGAGACAGACAUGGAUUAUUAUACGGGUGCUGCCAGUUCUGGACCCAUUUAUAGCUGUGUAAUGGUCUGUGCAGCUGUGAUGUCAUUCUUAUUUGGCCACUUUCUGUCAUAGGGGCACUUUACUGUGGGUCUUACCCAGAGAUUUUGGGUAUCUAAAUGAAUUUGUCCAACAGAUGCAAUAUUGAAAUGUGCUAUUUGUGAAUUCAUUAAGAGAUUUCAUAACUCUUGACGUGUCAGUGUUAUCACUGCUUUUUACUUUUAUGUUAAAUUGACAGUUGAAUUUACAUAGUUUUAACAUAAGGACUGUAUACAGUGUAACCAAAGGUUUUAUGAGCACAUGCCUGACCCAAAACCCUGUACAUUUUAUUAUAUUUUAGCAUCAGAAGUUUUUUAAAUUGUAAAUUAUUUUCAUAAUGAUAUAUGCACCCUGAAUAGCUACCAUCUCCUCUGUAUGUAAGCAAAUGUAUUUGUAAGUUUAUAGACUGUUUUCUUCUAAAACUGUUUCACCUCCUCAAUGUUUUAAUCUGUUUUCGUUCCUGCCAUUUACGCAAGCAAACAUUCAAAAUAAAACAAGGCUUACGGUAAAUCACAUUAAACUAUUAGAAGCUUGACAAAGCGAUUCGAGCUGAGAACAAAUCUUGUUAAAGAUCUCGGCCGCUGUCUAUCUCACUUCCCCCAGCAUCUUAUUCUCUUAAACCAAUAAGAUUUCAUUACGCUUUCCUGUACCGCAUCCUUAGGUUUCUAUCAGUAUGCAUGUUUAUUUUU